AUGGCUGGAAACAAAGAUCUGGCAUGGUUGAUUAAUAUGGUUCUACUGAAGCAAGGGGGCCAGCUAAACAUUGACCAGUUACACCAGGACCUCACAAAGAACCAAGGUGUACAAAUUGCUAAUGUCCAGUCACUUUUAAUUUUCUUGGAAACGUUCCCACGCAAUUUCGUCAUAAAUACAGUACGUCAUACAAGAAAAAAUGUGUCUAACGUGCGUGUGAUAUCGGACAUAGAGACCUGUGCUGAACAUUGCAAGAAACAAGGAAGUUGCCAUAGUCAGAAUGGUGAAUGUGGCCGACUACACAUUUGCAAGUUCUUUCUUCUGUCUGGUCGCUGUCAUUUUGGUCCUGGAUGUGCAUUCGGUCAUGACUUUACAUCUCGGCAUAAUUUUAACGUUUUCAUGUUGUAUAUGCUCGAUCCAAGGUAUAUCAAAGCAGAAAAUAUGAGAGAUCUGCUGUGUCAGAAUGAAUGCAGAAAUGCUACCACGAUGCCCGAUACAUGUAAAUUUUACAACACAUCAAAGACCUGCUCCAACAAGAGAUGUAGAAGCCUGCACAUUUGUCGACAUUUUCUUGAAGGAACCUGCAAGUUUGGGUCCGGCUGCCGAAGAAACCAUUUCGUGAAAGAACCAACUGUUGUGGACAUCCUUGAGGACUACGGUUUUGAUAUGGACCAACACCCUGAAGUAAUACUGGAAGAUCUUCAAAACUUUUAUCAAAAUAACACAUCUACAAACAUCAGAUCAUCGCAACCUCCAGGUUUGUCCUACAGGAGACGAUCAGUUAAUAAUUUAGCUGACCCAUCUAGGAUGUCCGUCUUUGACCCACCACCACAAAGACAGCGUGGUAGAUCAGCAGGCAGACAGCGAGAAAGAGACAGGACAUCUUUCGAAGAUUCUCUUGGAACAUCUUCCGAAGAUGAUAUCGGAUCAUCAUUCGAAGAUUAUAUCGGAUCAUUGGAGCGGUACCGGAUGAGGACUCCUCAACCAGAUGACUUUUCAUCUGACUCGGACAGGGAACAAGAGGCAUACAAGCCAACUCUGCGUCGACCACCUUCAGCAGUCCCAGCAGUGCCUGUUCCAUGGCUUAGAACAAAACGAAGCCCUCCGGUAAUGGCCUUGCCUCCAAAACCAGCCAUAUCAACAUUUAGAUCAGUUUCAAAGGAGUCAACUUUAAAAAUCUGUAUUCAUUAUCUGCGAGGAAAAUGUCUUUUUGGAGAAAAAUGUCGAUACCAUCACAAGUCAACAAUUUACCAGUGGCAAUGGAAGAGAAAUACUGAUUUAGACUGGACAGAUUUUGAGAAAGAAAAAAACAUAACUUUGGAGAAAAGCUUUAGUCAAGUUGAAGAAGCAGAGUGUUAUUUAAAAAUGGGUAGAAAUUUUGUGAAGGUUGACUUUGAUACGAUGAGUGUCAGUGGAGAAAACAUCAGCGGUGUUCAGCGACUAACGACAAUCUCGUCAAAGAACUCUUCUCCAUAUAUUCACGAGUGGACGACUAUUUGGCACUGGUACUGGCAGGAUGAAAAUGGAAUUUGGAAAGAAUAUGGAGACCCAGACCGAUGGGGUUGGAGGUCAGAGCUCAACAGCGACAUGGUGGAGGAGAGGUAUCUGGAGAACCCAGAUGGAUCCAUCAAGUUUGGAAAUGGUCGACAUCAGUACAUUCUGUAUUUUACUGACAUGCAACAAAUGAAUAAAAAAACACAGACAAUGCGUGAUGUUCGACGCAGACCUACAUUCUUCCAUCCUGAAGAUAUCAAAAAGAGAAGAAGUAGUGAGGCCUCUGCUUACAUUUCGAAAUCUUUUGUACCAAAAGAAUGGAAUGUGUCAGGAAAAGAUGUCUAUGGGCAUUACCGAAAAACAGUGAUUGAGAAGAGUAGCCAAGAAUUCAAGUUGAUUGACAAACUUUUUCACACGACCAUGCCCCAGGGGAGAUCAAUCAAGUCACUGGAGAGAAUUGAGAAUGGAGAAUUGUGGAACAGUUUCUGUCUAAAACGAGAACAGAUGAAGAGAAAACUGGGGAAGGAUGUUGAUGAAUGCCAGCUGUUCCACGGGACACACGUUGACAACAUCGACGCGAUCUGUCACCAAGGUUUUGACUUUCGGUUCUCCGGGAAAGCUGUAGGCACCUUACACGGAAAAGGAAGUUAUUUUUCCACCGAAGCAGGUUACUCCGAUUCUUACACUGGCAACUGUGGAAAGAUGUUCAUCGCUCUAACUUUGGUGGGCGACUUUUCAAAGGGUAACCAAUCGUUUGUACGUCCACCACCAAAAAUCGAUUCUAAACCAGAUGGUGAUUUGUUUGACAGCUGUGUUGACAACAUAAAAAAUCCUAAAAUCUUUGUAAUCUUUGAUGUGUACCAGGUGUAUCCACAGUAUCUUAUCACCUAUGAGUAAGACUGUGUCUUCAUGCACUGUGCAAGAUGACCCUGUUGGUAAACUGAUCGUAAGUUUAGAAGCUGGGACCUUAUUCACUAAACUCUUGUAACUUUGCGAUAUCAGAGUGCAAUGCUAAAAGACUUGCAAAGAGGAUGCUUUGUUGUCUAGCAGAGCCUAAGAGAGCUUUGUGAAUUAGGCCCCAGAAUUCUUAGUUUUACACUGCACCAGGGAAUAAAGAUUAAAUAAAUUAGAGAUCAGCUGUGAAUCGUUCAUUCCAACAUUAUGUGAUUGCAGUUUUUUUAUUGAACACUAGAAGAAAUCAACCACAGCAGGAGUUUCGAUUUAAAAAAGAUACAUUCUUAAAAUUCUAUUUUUCUUUCACCAUUGAUAAUUAGGAAAUUAGUUAGGUGUCCUAAAAGGAACACAUGUAAGUAUGUAAAAUAUUUUAGAUGGACGUGGUAAUUAUUUUAAAGAUAUUUGUACACAUAUGGUUCCAUUAAUUUUG